CUGUGGACUGCGUCCCAAAUGCAACGCAGCUGCCUGCUGUCUUGUGAGACAGCGUCGUAACAGACAGCGUUUUCACACACGAUAGCUCAGAGGGACUAAAGUUAUAUACAAGCUACCAAAGCAGCAGACAUCAUGCCCACAGCUGCUCUCAUUACCACUGGUUAUUACUGCUGCAUUGCCAAGGCCUGGUUUGUCCUGUUUUUUUUAGUUAAAAACACCAAAAAGGACUACUGAAGUCAUAAUUACACUUAUAACUGAUGAUGCACGAUGGGAGCACACACAAAGUAGACUUGAAAAUACGUAGAACAUUCGAGUUUAACACUUGAAUGCGCCUGUAAGUCGGUUUAACAACUCUGGAAACUCAUUUAGGGAAUUUACACGGAGCACCUGAAGGCCGCACGCAACACAAACGUAAAUUUUGACUUGACAGAGAGCAGCGAGAGAUGCUGCCACAACUAUGCUUUUACAUGGCUAAACACGAAUUUGCGGCGGGGACAUUGGCCUGUCUGGUGUAAAAGGUGGAGAAGAACUUGCCUGCAGACUGAUAGUUGUCGGCGGGGAAAGCUGCCUCGAUCAUCCGUGUAAAAGGUGAUCUGUCAUGGGAAAUCUUUGGUCUCGGAGCGCCAGCAGCCUGCAGCUCAUCCCGGAGAGCCAGGGCUCCGGGCGACAAGUCGGGGACAGAGGCUCCGAUGAUGACUCUUUGGAUGGACGCGACAGACAGGAGGACAUAGCCCAGUUCCCCUACGUGGAGUUCACUGGCAGGGACAGCAUUACCUGCCCGACAUGUCAAGGCACCGGCCGCAUACCUUCAGAACAAGUGAACGAGCUGGUGGCACUGAUCCCAUACAGUGACCAGAGGCUGCAGCCCCAGAGAACGAAACUGUAUGUGGUCAUGUCAGCUGUUUUGUGCCUCCUGGCCUCUUCACUCGUGGCCUUCUUCCUCUUCCCCCGCUCGGUGGUUGUGAUGGAUGAUGGGAUACGCUCGGUGAUUGUGCGGUUCGACCCUUCCAAUACGAGGGUCCUAAUGAACAUGACGAGCACAUUGAACUUCAGCAACCCCAACUUCUUCACGGUGCUGGUGCAAAGUGUGAGCUGCCAGGUCCUGUACAUGAAGACGGUGAUAGGGACACAGCAGUUGGACAACGUCAUCACCAUCCAGCCUCUCAGCCAGAGACAGGUGAACUUUACUGUCAGUGUGGAGAUUGGUAGCAGCGCAUCUUAUGUUUAUGCCUUCUGCACCAUGCCCAGCAUCAAAGUCCACAACAUUGUCGUAUUCAUGCAGACCUCUGUGAAAACCUCUUACAUGGUGCGAACGGCCCAGAACAGUCUAGAAGCCUACCGCUACAUAGACUGUGGCACUAACUCCACGUACCACCAGCUGGGCAGGCGGCACUGGCACCAUCCCCCCAGCUAUCCACCAGCCUCUACCCUCACUCCCCCUCCACUGUGAGGACGGGACGUGUCCCGUCUCUGCAGGAGGUGGGAGACAGUGCAGGUCUUUCACCAUACAUCAGUCCCAGGGUGCGUUUGGCUUUUGUCAGUGCAGACACCAGCAACUCGCUAUAUGGUGCUUUCUCUACUUGCUCACAUUAGACAUUUAGAAUCCUAAAGCAGGGCCAGGGCAGCUUAGUGAACACUGGAAAAGUCAUCAGCCGCUGUUGUGCAUUAACUCCAUGUGGGCUGUAUCUGUGCCUCAGCCAGCUGGGCUCGUCCAUGGUGGCUGAGGCAUGUUGUUGGGCAAAACCAAGUGAAACUUUGCCCCAUGAUCCAUCCCCUAAAGGUCAGUAUUGCUUUAUACAAACACCUGUCAUUUUUUCAGUAGUUGUUGACAUAUAGGCCGUAGGUAGCUUAGCACUGUAAAAAUCAAAAGUCACUUUUUAAUAUCAGCACCUUGAGUGAUUUAUCAUUCCUUAUCCCGAUUCAGCAUGUCUACAGCACGGUUUCAAAAGGAGUGUUUGUGUAUUUCAAACCCUAAAUAAGGUGACAAGUCAUUUCUGUGGCUGAAAACAGUUGUUCCUCCAGAAAAAAAAACUAGUGGUGUAUAUAAGGAAAAAAUCCCUGACCAGCAUUCCUCAUCCUUCUGUGGAAACAAGAUUAAUGUAGGAGAAAGCUCUUUUCUUUAGGGGUAAUGGCUGGCAUUUCCACCCUGACAAUACGGUGCCAAGAAAGGCAUUUGUGCCAAAGCUUUUAAUUGUUGCUACAGAGCUCUGUCUGUGUGUGCUGCUGUUUUUGCCCUUAGCUGUAACAUUAGGAGAGCAUUCUUUGGCAUUGCUUGAAUGACUGAGAAACUUGGCACUGUAACACUGUGCAGACUGAGGCUCCUGACAUUUCAUUCUGUCAAAAAGGGAGAAAGAAGUGGCCUGCUGUUUAUGUUUUGGGAGUCCAUAUGACGAGGGCAAAGAGAAUUUGCUGAUUGGACUCGCACACCUUUAGAAUUGAUGCAUAUGUUAUUGCUUUUGCUGUGUUAUUUAUCUACUUUUGAAGUUGAAAAUGGCAUUUAGAAUUUAGCAUUUUGUGGAUGUUUUUAAAUAAGGGAGUAUAUUCAAAGUCAAUUUUUCAGCACCUUAUGUCACACUCAUUAGUGAGUCCCCAUUUUAAAUUCAGUCUAGAUUCAAAGUUAUGCAUCUCACAACUGAAAGACUGAUGUGAGAACAAAUUUUCUUUAAGACUUGAAUGAAAUUGAUCUGUUUACAUGAUCCAAUCACUGACCCCUAGGCCUUAUCUGGGUAUUUUUAGAGAAUCUCCACCCUUCAUUACAAACAUACCUCGGGUUUGAUAAGGAGAAGCCCUUUAACCUAACUCACAUAGUCAUGAUGAAGCUACUGGUAGGGUCGGUUUGGGCCCCGAAAACGUUGGCACUAACUUACCUCGUACUCGUACUGGUGCUAACAUAACACUUGUGCAACAUUUCCUGCAAACAGUAUUUAAAACGUUACGGCUGAAAUCCAAAGUGGCACAAAAACUUGGCUUAAACGUGUGUUUGUGUGCGUGGUUGAGUUAUACUUCCAGCUGUCACUAAAGGAUUACGCUGUUACUUCCUUUGCCUUUUCCUACGGUUGUGUUUCAGCCAACUCCUCUCUUUUCGAUGUGUAAAGUUUCCUGCAGAUAGUUUCAGACCGACAAGUAAAUGAUCUCACAGCUCAGUGGACGGUGGAGCUGAGACUAAAGCAGAACUAAAUACUCUCAAGUGACUUUGGUCAUCUGCUUGGCAUACUGUACAAUAGCUGGCUUUGAACUGUGUGGUUUUAUUUCACAAGAAACGGAAACAGAGUUGAGAUUCAUUGUGAUUUUUUUUUUUUUUUUUUUUUUAAAGGGAUAGUGGUUUGUAAAUUUACAGUGUAUGAAUGAAGAUGGUUUUUAUCAAAAACAAAUUUUGAACAAAUGUUUAUUUUCAUGCUUGAUUGUUACAAGAAGUAAUGUAAAUAAAGGGAAUAUUGACUAAUAAAAUUAAUAUAAACACC